CCCCCACCCCCUGCCCCGUCCGGGCCCGAUGAGUGCCACGGAGAAGGACCCCGACGCCGACGGCCGGGGGGACCCCGGGUCCGGCCCCAGUGCCAGCUCCGAGGAAGAAUUUGACUUCUCCAUCCUAUUCGAUUAUGACUAUUUGAAUCCGAUAGAAGAAGAACCGACUCCACAUAAAAUCGUCAGCCCACCCUCUGGAGUUCCAUACCCUGCUGAUGAUGUCCUGGAUUGUGGCCUCAAGCCAUACACUCCCCUGGCUUUUUCUAGGCUCUCCGCAGAUCCCAUGGGCAGAUACGGACAGACCGAUAGCCUAGGGCCAAAAUGCUAUCUCGACCCUGCAAAGCCGGCAGGGGCGUCGGCUUUGAGCCCUAGGAUCGAGAUCACUCCGUCCCAUGAACUGAUACACUCGGGGGGUCCCUUCCGCAUCAGAGACACAGACCUUUUGGUGGAGCAUCUGCCCACCUCCGCCACCGCUAGCCCAAGGUUUACCUUGCCUGUCCCCGGCUUUGAGGGCUACCGAGAACCGCUUUGCUUGAGCCCCGCUAGCAGCGGCUCGUCUGCAAGUUUCAUUUCAGAGACCAAUUUCUCUCCUUACACAUCGCCAUGCGUCUCACCCAAUAAUGGCCCCAGUGACGACCUUUGUCCACAAUUUCAAAACAUCCAUACUCAUUAUUCUCCUAGAACCUCUCCAAUAAUGUCUCCACGAACAAGCAUCACGGAGGACACCUGCUUGGGACGCCACUCACCCUCACCCCGUCCCAACUCCAGGUCGUCGUCGCCAGGCGCCAAGCGGAGGUACUCUUGCGCUGAGCUCUACAACGCUCAGCCGCCUUCCGCUUCUCCACAUCAGUCCAGGACCCCUUCUCCGCAGGCAUCGCCCCACCUUACGCUGAGGGAAGACGGCUCCUCAGUCACUUUCACCCAGUUGCCCAACUCCACUCUCAUGGAUGCCAUGAACAACCUCACUACGGAGCCCCCUUGUGGCGUCCCCUCGAAAAUGUGGAAAACCAGCCCGGAUCCUUCACCGGUGUCUUCCCAAAAACCCAGCGUGCCACGCCACAUGUACCCGUCUGUGGAGUAUCUUGGCCCUUGCGAGCAGGAGGAGAGGAGGAACUCGGCAUCGGAGUCGAUUUUAUUGGUGCCUCCGACGUGGCCGAAGCAGCUGGUUCCUGCCAUACCGAUCUGCAGCAUCCCUGUGACCAACCUUCCACCUCUAGAGUGGCCCCUCUCCAGUCAGUCAGGGGCUUAUGAACUGAGGAUUGAAGUGCAGCCCAAACCCCACCACCGUGCGCACUAUGAAACAGAGGGCAGCCGAGGGGCAGUCAAAGCUCCGACGGGAGGUCACCCCGUGGUUCAGCUUCAUGGAUAUAUGGAGAACAAGCCCCUAGGCCUCCAGAUCUUCAUUGGGACAGCAGAUGAAAGAAUACUGAAGCCACAUGCUUUCUAUCAAGUCCACCGUAUCACAGGGAAAACCGUCACCACCACCAGCUAUGAGAAAAUUGUGGGCAACACCAAAGUGCUAGAGAUUCCACUGGAGCCCAAAAACAACAUGAAAGCCACCAUCGACUGUGCCGGGAUCCUGAAGCUGAGGAAUGCCGACAUCGAGUUGCGGAAAGGAGAGACGGACAUUGGGAGGAAGAACACCCGGGUCCGCCUGGUUUUCCGGGUGCACAUCCCCGAGUCCAGCGGCCGGAUCGUGUCUCUGCAAGCUGCGUCCAACCCCAUCGAGUGCUCCCAAAGAUCCGCUCACGAACUGCCCAUGGUUGAGAGACAAGAUGUUGAGAGCUGUGUGGUUUAUGGUGGACAACAGAUGAUCCUCACUGGCCAGAACUUUACAGCAGAGUCCAAAGUUGUAUUUACUGAGAAGACCACAGAUGGACAACAAAUUUGGGAGAUGGAAGCUACAGUGGAUAAAGAUAAGAGUCAACCUAGUAUGCUUUUUGUUGAGAUACCUGAGUAUCGGAAUAAACACAUCCGCACACCUGUGAAGGUGAAUUUCUAUGUAAUCAACGGGAAAAGAAAAAGAAGUCAGCCUCAGCAUUUCACAUAUCACCCAGUUCCAUCCAUCAAAACAGAGCCCAUUGAUGAAUAUGAUCCUGCCUUAAUCUGCAAUACAGUACACAGUGGUCUGGGAACAGUAACACAGCCUUACUAUUCACAGCACACAAUGGUCACUGAAUCCCCUUCCUGUCUUGUGGCCACUAUGGCUUCCUGCCAGCAGUUGCGUUCAGGUCUAUCUCCUCCUGAUUCUCGAUACCAGCAACAGAAUCCAGCCGCUGUAAUCUACCAGAGAAGCAAAAGUCUCAGCCCCAACCUCCUGGGCUAUCAGCAGUCCACUUUGAUGGCCUCACCCAUCUCCAUUUCAGAUGCUCACAGAUCGGUGCUAAUGCAUGCUGGCUCUCCAGGCCAGGCCUCAGCCCUGCUCCAUCACUCUCCGGGCAACCAACAGCCUUCUCCGGUGAUUCACUAUUCCCCCACCAGCCAGCCGCUGAGGUGUGGAACCCACCAAGAAUUCCAACACAUCAUGUGCUGUGAAAAUUUUACAUCCAAUUCUGCCCGGCCCAGUCAGCCACAGGUCAGUCAAGCUCAGAGGAUAAGUCCAAGUUCAUACUCUGCAGUGAUUCAACAGCAGACGGCCACAAGCCCAUCAGCCGCCAAAAAUGGACCACCGGUCACUGAUCAAAAGGAAGUGCUACCAGCCGGAGUCACUAUUAAACAAGAACAGAAUCUGGACCAAGCAUAUCUGGAUGAUGAGCUGAUAGAUACACACCUUAGCUGGAUUCAAAACAUUAUAUGAAACAGAAUGACUGUGAUCUUUGAUCCGUGAGUUCAAACUUAAAGUUAAUGAGAUUAUCAGGAAGGAAUUUUCUGGCCUCCCUGCCAGAAAUCAGACGUAGAAGAAGCAAUUAGCAAGACAACAUAUAUUGAAUCCUUCCGAAACUGAACUCUUGGAUUCUCCCACCGCCCCUGCUACCACCUUCUGUUUCCUUUACCGUUCAUCUCAAAGCCCAGAUUGAACAUGACGAAACAAUGUAUUGGCAUAAAGCUGACGUUCUUGAUUAAGACGCUCACCACCUCUCUCUGUAAACAUCGCAAAGGCCGUUCUUCCUUUUUUUCCAAAGAUCAUUUUGUACAACCUUAAAAUGGAUGGGCGUUUGAACCAAAAUACUCGAUGCCUGCUGCAGAAGUUAAGAACAAGAAAAAUCAGUCCAGCGGAGCACUGCCCUGAGAAGAAGACGCCCGUGUCAUCAGAGGAAAUGAAGAGGCAAAAACAGAGAUGUGCCUCCUUACCAAGUGAAAUCACAGCCCUCAUGCUGUUUUCCAGGUCAGAACUCUUUUGUGUCUGUUGAGAGAAAAGAGUGCUGAAGUCAACCAAUCUGGAAGGAAAAGACACUUAAUGUUUCCUGUGCCCAGCCAGAGGAAAAACCAUGGUAAAAUAGAGAAGAUGAAAAUAAACCUUGUUUCCGUCGGGUUACCUCUACUCCAGCCUGUAGUUUGCUCCAUCCAAAUUUCAUUUUCUUUCUUCUGUCCUGAAAUUGUUAUGGCUAAUACCAGGACAUCUAUUAGAGAUUUUUAUUUCAAGUUGUGAUGUUUUUAAGUUUUAAUUACUUAUUUUUCAGCUUUGAAAGGCCUUCAGAAGCUAGAGGUUAAAACUUUCCUGACAGCCUCGUUGAAUAAUCCGUGCAUGAGGCCGGUGCUAACAUGUAGUUUUUAAUAUACCGAAGAUUGUUAACGAACAUAAGUAAGGGCUACAGAUAUUUCUCUGUCACCUGUAGUUUGUACAUCUUAAUGGCUUUUAAAGUUUUAAGGGUUCUUCUUUGUUCUGUGUUUUGUUUAAACAAUGCCAUUGCUUAAGUAUUAAAAGCAUGUGUAGUAAAUAUACCAUACCAUAGAAAGGAUAGAGCAGAGACUAAUGAUAUUGUAACAAAGAGAGUGCAGUAGAUAUUUUGUUAAAUAAGGCAAUCAAUAUUAGUAAGUGCUUUAGUAGGGUUUUUCCUGAGAUGAAAACUUUAUUGUGAGGACAAACAGGCGUAAGUUUGGGGGGCGGGGGGCAUAGAACAGAGAACCUCAAGUACUAAAACUCCUAUUUUAUUGCCUGAGAGAAAGAAGUUCUCACUGCCUCCCAGUAGUGCCUGGAGACAUAAAAGGCAAAGUUCAAGAGGAACAAAUGCUGGAUUUGCCACUUUGGUUCCCCCUCACCUAAAUGAAUAAACUAAGCGACCCAAUUUCAGGGAUCACCACAAAAGUGCCUCGGCCUGAUGCUUACAACUCUUAUGCGCCCAUUAUUGCAAUUAGAUGGCCAGGCAAAUCGAGCUGGCAACCAUUAAAAGUUGUGGCCAGUAUUCCAUUUCCAGAGUUGGCUGGGUUUGCAUAGUUUCACAGCUUAGUUUCCUCCCCCUAACUCCUCCCCAAAGAAUUCCAUUUCAAAAAUACUGAAGUUAAAUAAGGUGUGGUGCUGUAGGCCAUUUGGGAUCAUUCACCACCUUCAUCCUCCUCCCCAGCAACAACCUACUGAGGAAGGGCUAUGAUCAUGACACUGUCCUGGACUUUGGGAGGAUGGUUAAAAGAUAGAAUACCUCGCUUUGGAAAGUUAACCUACGAGGUCUUCCGAAGUUCCUUUAUUACCAAUACUCUCUCCAUGUUAAAAAAAAAAAAAACAAAACAGUAAAAAAAAAAAUAGAUCAGAUUUAGUAAAUUAAAAAUGUUCUAGAUAUACCAAAGAAUAUGUACCGGAAUAGCAGGUUUAGAGAGAUUUUUAUCUUAAUCUGUUUGAAGUUUCUCUCAGGAUCAGCUUGAACCAGAAAUUACAAUCUACAACAAAAUCCCAAGCAUUUAUUCAUUAUUAAACAGCACUAACUUUUUUUUUUUAGGAUAAAAGCCAGAUGAAAUGCUCAGUUUGAAUUUUCUUUGUUACUUUUUCAAACUAUUUAUCUCAACUGCACAUUCUGUAAUAAUUGUGACAUUUAAAUAGUUUCCCUGUAUCAUGCAGUUUUUGCAAAGAACAAAUCAAAACCCACAAAAUAAGUACUUGUCAGGUUCUGUGGGGCUUUAACUUUCUUUUUCAUGCAGAUGUUUUUCUGGAGCCACAUCUUAUAACCUACUAAAAAUUGGGCUCCUGUUGUUUCCCAGUUCCCUGGUAAAUCCACUGCAGAAUGGAUUACAGGUUAUAAAAACCAAAUUGUUUUAGCACUCUCUAAAGAUCAGGAGAGCCCAUGACCCCCAGUUAUUGGGCCUUGUUUUUGUUUUGCUUGCUCCUUUUUUUUUGUUUUUUUUAAGUGUAUUUUCACUCCAGCUAAGGGAAGAAAAAAUAUCAAUUGGUUGUCUCUGUUUUAGUGGCCAUUCGCUUGACAAAAAACAUAGCUUGCUUCUCAGUUGCUUGGUAAUUAAGGUUCUAGGGAAAAGGCACCAGAAUAUGCUUCAUCUUACUUCUAUAGAGUCUUGCUUUUUAUGGAAUAUAUUUAUUCCCAUAGUAAUCCAGAAAUACCCAAGAAGGUCCACACCUCAUCCUGACAUGGCAUCAUUAAAUUCUCAAUAAGUUACCGAAAGUAACAGAACUGCACUGCUGAGAUCAGGACCCAAAGCACGUACUAAAUUUCACAGAGAGGUUAACUUAGUCUUAUGGAGCCAGAUUUAGUUAGUAUGUAUGCUGCUUUAUGUCCAUUAAUAUGUAUUCAUUCAAUCGAUGCUUUAUAUUUAUUUUUUUCUAACAAGGGGGAAGGAGAUCUCAAGACAGUUAUGCUUUGUUUUCUUUGAAACAAAACAGACAUUAAUAUAGCAAUGCUGAAGAAUAUACUAAAUUAUUAAUUUUUUCUGAGCAAUGUUUUAGUAUUAAUAGCAGUACAAAAUAAUUCUCUCUGUAGAAAUAUUAGGUUCACCUUGGAAGAGUUAAUAGUGUUUGGUGAGUAAUUUGUUCUCACUUUAUCUGGAAGAUAGCCCAUAUUUGCACAUGAGGGAAUUGAGACUUUCCUCAGAUAUCUGAAUGUUUUACCAAAGUGCCUUCCUGCUAUUGUAACAAACUCUCUCCAACAGCAUUGUCCACCGAGUGAAUAAGACAAAUGGGUUUUCCAUCAAUCUUAUAUCAUGCUAACAAAAUGGGAUUUCAUGUAACUGAAACUCUCACCUCUGUUUAUAUUUCUCCCUUUCCAACAUGGCUUAGCUGCAGAUUGCAGGAUGCACUUCCAUAAAUGAUUGCACCAAAUUUCUCCAUAAAACACCAUCAUCCAUCUUGCAACAGAAACGGGUAGAGAAAGUGUAACAGGAGCGGGCAUACCAGCAAAGUUUGGGGGUUACAAAUGUUGGAAAGAAAGUUUGCUAGGAGAGUAUUUAAUUGCUCAUUCAUUCUUUUCAAUGAAGAGAAAAAAACAGGUCAGUUUCUCCAAGAGAAUUGAGCAAAAUACGAGACCUGAACAGCAGUAACAGGAAAGGACUAUUGCAUGUGUGUAGAAAGAAUAUAGUGAAGUCAGGGUUUGCACUUGCUUUGUCAUACUUAUGUAAAUAUGUAUCACUUUCAUUCUUCUAGUAGAAAUGCACCAUUUUUCUGAAUGUAGGAUAUUUUCAAAGGUAGCACUAUUAUUCUCUAUUUUAUAAAAAUGCUGCUGCUUGAUAAUAUAUCUUAAACAGUUCUCAAACUAGCCAGCAUGUUAUUAAAAUAUAUUUUUUAAGCUGUAUUUUUUUAAAACACCUAUGCUUUUAAAUCUGCCCCACAUACUUCACUCCUUUUUGAUCAGAAAUAUUUAUAAAUAGUCGGUUUGAAAUAUUUCCAGUGUCUUAUUUUUUUCUAUGAAGUUGUUGAUGAAAUUUUCCCUAUCAGAAAUGAUUUAUUCUUGAUACUGGAUGAGUGUAUCCUAUAGAAUGUGUUUUCCAGCAAAACUUCUGCUGGAACAAAGUGCUUGAGUAGAUGGGAGAAAUGCAUUGGAUUGAAGAGAGAACCCUCAUUUCUUUGUUGGAGAUGUUUUUAAAUUUGAUCUUCAUUUUUAAUAUGUCAACCUGGCUCAGAUGUUUCCUGUUUUGUUCUGUUUCUGCCUAAUGAUGGGUCAAUAGUAAAACCAAUAUACUAUGUUAUUCAUUAUCUACUUGGAGACGCAUUGCAUUUAUGAUGGUUAUGGAUUUUAGGGUUUUAUUCAAUUAAUUUUAUUUUAUCUCCCAAAUAAUUUUUAAAAUUAAGGGGAAAAAACCCUCAAUUUUAAAUUGCUUUCUUUUUGAUUGGUUUCGCAUGUUUGUGUAUUUCCAUUGUCAUGAGUAACACUGACAAGCCUUUGGAAAGGAAAGCUAUAGAAGACUCAAUCAUUUUUAAAUGUUUACUAAGUUUUGGGGGUGGUUUUUUUCCUAGAGGAUUGUCCUCUUUAGUGUGGAGUUUCUUGGGGUAACUGGUCCCCAUGGUCUGUUUCGGUUUACCUCUUCUGUGAAGGUUCCCAUUCAUUUCAAUUCAAAUAUAGGUCCACAUGUCAAAAUCAAGACUAGCCUUUCCUCUGGAGUCCAGUGCCCCAAAUCUAGCAAAGUUGUUUUACCACUGCCAGCUAAUUAUGCUGUGCAACAUUUAUUUAGCCCUCUGGGUCACUCAUAAAUACUGUGUUACAGAAAAAGCACCGCCUGAACAGUGUUUGUGAGAAUAGAAUUUAAGAGAACUUAAGUUCUUUGAAAUUUAAACCCAAUUUUAAUACAUAAUACUACCCCUGAAAUCCAUACCCUAUUUAUAAAAACCUACCUUGGGAGAAGCAUGCAAGUGGGUGAUUUGGGUUUUCUCUGGGUAUGGUCAACUCAGGUUUUCGUUUCAAUUCCAAACACCCAAACUCAGAAAAAGUUGUGAUGAGAGAAGGCCAUCCUGCCAAAUAGGUUCCAAAUGGAGGGGACUAAAGUAUCGGAGGACUAAUGGACUCUUCAAAGGGGAAGAUGGUGGGGCCACAGCUGAAGUGGCUUAGUGUGCCCAAAGGAAAGGGGGCCGAGGGAGUGCUUCGGCCUUCGCAGUUGCCAUGGGGUCUGGGAACUUGGAUGCCAGACCACUGCUCCAGAAAGUCCAAUCCCUGCACGGUUCCCGACUCUCCCAGGCCCAUAAAAUUCAGGUGUAUUGGGAUAGUCCUCCGUAGAGCACUUGAAUUGGGUGAAUAAUCCUUAGCCUACUACAUACACAUGGGCUGGGGAAGAACUCACGCUUAUUCUGAGUUGAACACCCUUUUGUGUUUGUCAUUUGGUGUGGAAAACAAACCAAUAUUCCACUGGUUUUUAAAAAAUCUCUCUCUGCUCAGCAGGAGCUCUACAAAGGGGUGAGAUUGUAAAGUGCCACCUUGACCCUUAUAAGGAAAUCUUCACAGAUCCUCAAGUAGGGUCAUGCUUUGAGGUCUGGACUGCUGUUGAACAGUUGUAAAAUACUCAACUGAGCCCAUGAUUAUUUGGAAGAGCAGAAAGAAGCCCAAGCCAAGGAGAUGCCACUGGCCUGUGUCACCUGUAUAAGGAGCACAGAACUGGGGCCCUGAGCAAAAUCCUGUUCCUGGGGAAAAUCAGAAAAUGUUGAUUGUUCUCUGACCAGACUCUCAGAAAGCUGAAAAUGAAGAGGCUAGCCCCUGGUAGGGGAAGGAAAGGAAAGAUUAGCUGCUGAGGAAAAACAGGGGGAGGAAGAGAUCAGAGUCUAAGCUCAACAGUUUCUUUCUGAGCCAGCCAGAAAGACUGCAGCUAAAUAACUCCAAAGUGGCCGCUUAAAUUGUUUGACGGAAUUGACAGAAAUGAUCGCUUUUGAAUGCUAUUUACAAUUCAAGUAUCUGAGUCCUCGACCAGAUCUGCAUUUGAAUAUGGGAGAUAGAAUCAAACAACAAUACUUAAAUACAGCAACUCCAUUCCACCUUUCCGUUGAACGUAGAAGUGGAAGAAUUCCAAUUAGAUGUACACUGACACCACAUACAUGCAUCCUGCUAAUACUGUACCAACAUACAACACUCUCCAAGUGAAAAAGUGUCUCAAAAGUAAACAUAGUUUUUGGACUGUGGUUCUAAUUUUUUGAAAAUUUUACCUUUAAAAAAGGUUUCAACAAGUUACAUUCCUAUGCAAAACAUUUUGACCUCCAGUUUAAUGAGAUUUUUUUUUUGCUAUUUGUAAAAUAUUUUUAUAUAGCUUGUAUUGUGCGUUUAGCAAUAAAACAAAAGACAGCAGUUUCUAGUUG